AUGUCCCGUACAAAUAUAACGAGAUCACUCACAGGGGAGACAAAUAUAACGAGAUCACUCACAGGGGAGACAAAUAUAACAAGAUCACUCACAGGGGAGACAAAUAUAACAAGAUCACUCACAGGGGAGACAAAUAUAACGAGAUCACUCACAGGGGAGACAAAUAUAACAAGAUCACUCACAGGGGAGACAAAUAUAACAAGAUCACUCACAGGGGAGACAAAUAUAACAAGAUCACUCACAGGGGAGACAAAUAUAACAAGAUCACUCACAGGGGAGACAAAUAUAACAAGAUCACUCACAGGGGAGACAAAUAUAACAAGAUCACUCACAGGGGAGACAAAUAUAACAAGAUCACUCACAGGGGAGACAAAUAUAACAAGAUCACUCACAGGGGAGACAAAUAUAACAAGAUCACUCACAGGGGAGACAAAUAUAACGAGAUCACUCACAGGGGAGACAAAUAUAACGAGAUCACUCACAGGGGAGACAAAUAUAACAAGAUCACUCACAGGGGAGACAAAUAUAACGAGAUCACUCACAGGGGAGACAAAUAUAACAAGAUCACUCACAGGGGAGACAAAUAUAACAAGAUCACUCACAGGGAGACAAAUAUAA